GUACACAUCAAUCCAACCAUCAUCAUCAUGUCGCGUGGCAAUCCACUUUUCACGGUCCCGAUCGGCACAAAGGGCAAGGUUGAGGUCAGCUCGCCCGGUGACAAGGUCUAUGUCGUCGCAUUCGGCUCGCCGCCGGACAACCGCCUUGUGACGGACUUGUGCGAGGCCAUCGUACUGGCACUGGACAUUCUCGAGACCAAAUAUCCUCACGGCGUCGUCAUUACCACGUCGUUAAUCGAAAAGUUCUACAGCAAUGGCUUGGACCUGGAGCACGCCAUGCAGCCUGGAUUUUUUGCGAACGUUCUAUACAAGCUAUGGCGCCGCAUCUUGGUCUACCCGAUGCCUACCAUCGCGCUGAUCAACGGUCACGGCUUUGCCGGUGCUCUCAUGACAGCCAUGAUGCACGAUUACCGCAUCAUGAACCCAACCAAAGGUUACCUCUGUUUGAAUGAGGUCGACCUAGGUGUACCAUUACGACCAGCAAUGUCAUCCAUAUUCCGUCAGAAGUGCACACCGACCGUCUAUCGGACGCUGGUACUGGAGGGCAGGCGAUUCAAGUCGGUGGACGCACUGAAGGAAAACAUCAUCGACGGGCUGGGUGGACUCGAUGAGGUGCUCAAGUUCAUCGAAGAGCUCAAGUUGACGAGUAAGCCCGAUAAGGGAGUGGUGGGCGAACUCAAGAGGGAGAUGUGGCGGGAGACGGUGGACUUCCUGGAGAAUGACGAGCGCGAGGCUGACCUAAGAGACAAGGCAAGCGACAGGCUCGCUGCGGAAGCUGAAGAGCGGGAGAAGAGGGUGGAGGCGUGGUCGGCAAAGGCAAAGCUGUAGACCUUAGACUUGAGAGCCAGCUCUUAUGCACCUCUCACAGUGCGACUCCUUGUGCCGCAAUGCUAGCGCCAUCAGCAGAUGCAGGGUCCAGUGAACACCCUCCGCAAUACCUCGUUGAACCUCAGUCCGCUGGACGGAGCGAGUGAUGGAAG